UGAAGUAUGAUUAGCUUGGAGCUGACGAACCAUUAUUCUGGAAAGUGCAUAAGAAAAUCGACCAAAGUGGAGGCAGACGAAUUAGAUUUGGAAGAUGGCGGGAGCGAACGACUCAAAUAAGUCGGAGAUAAAGCAACGAUUUGAUGAUGUUUGCCAUGAACUUAACAUGGAUGAAGCUACGGCAGUGUCUGCCUGGGAAACGUAUGAAAGGAUUGAACGAAAUUAUACGCUAGAGGGAGAUGGUUUACACUGGCUUGCUUGUGGACUGUAUUUAUCUGGUCGAAAAAUGGUUGUACCGACUGCAGACGAAAGCGCUGUAGUUCGGGGGAAUUGCGUCUCGCUCACUAGACUUCUCCGGGCUACGAAAUUGAGUUUGAUCCAGUUUUUCCAAAAGAUGAAGAAGUGGCUGGAUAUGACAAACUCGGAGGAUUUUAGAAAGAAGAUCGAACGGUUGAAUCGAAAUUUUGCCGUGGUUUCUGUCAUAUUUAAAAAAUAUGACAACAUAUUCUUCCAAAUUUUUAAACCACCUGUGCCAGUGGAGACAACGAAAACUCAUCGGUCUCGUAAACCACGGAAAGUCCCGUGUACUGUUUUAGAGAUUUAUAAGUUCUGUUGGACACUUUUUGUGCUUGCAAAAGGUAAUUUUCCAGCCAUAAGUGAUGACUUGGUUAACUCCUAUCAUCUCCUUCUGUCAUGUCUUGAUUUGUUUUAUGGAAAUGCCAUUUCAACACGACACACUAAAGACAUGGUUAAACCAGAGUUCAUGGAAGCUGUGCUCAAUUAUACAAUUCAAAAGGAGUCAAAAGUUGCUACAAAUGUUUCUUGUAUUGUGGGUUAUUUAUGUGAUAGUUAUGAUGGUUUGCCCAUUGAAGCCAAGCAAAUCAGAGAACAUCAUUGGAAACCCUACAUUGAAAAACUGUUCAAAAGAAAGACUUUAAAAGGUGUGGAAAGGACCUUUGCAGGUUUACUGGAGCUGAACAACUUUGAAGCAAAUGGAAAAAGUGUUUCUAAUGAGUAUGAGGAAUAUGUUCUGUCAUCUGGAGAUUUUGAUGAACGAGUCUUUCUUUCCGAGAAUGCUGACGACGAGAUUGGGACGCCUCGUAAAAUCAACCAAUCAGAAAUUGAUAGAAGAAACGUGGAAGAGUAUUUAACAAAGACGAGAAGUUUGGCUCCUCAAACACCACUUACUGGACGACGUUAUCUCAAAGACAAAGAUCCAAAUGUGACUCCUGUCUCGACGGCUACACAAUCUGUCAGCCGUCUUCAGUCGUUACUAGCAAGAUGUAAGCCAGUCCCAAGUGAAGGGCUUUUAGCCAUUUUCAAUGAGUGCAAAACUAACCCGCAACAGGAAAUUGAAAAUCGUGUGAAUGAGUUGGGCGAACAAUUCAGUCUUAAAUAUACCCAGCCGUCCAGUGUUCGACCAGAUUCACCUAGUUCGACUAAAGAAUUUGCAGAUAAUCGUUGGAAAUUGGCAGCCACGUUAUAUUACAAGGCAUUGGAGUCCAUUGCUCGCUCAGAGAAAAAGCGUCUUCAAACACAGUUAGAUUUAACGACGUUACUAGCACAAGACGUGUUUCACCGCUCGCUGGUUGCAUGCUGUCUUGAAAUUGUCAUAUUUUCUUACAACUCGCAAAGAACAUUUCCCUGGAUCCUGGAAGUUUAUGAGUUGAGUCCAUAUUUCUUUUACAAGGUGAUUGAGGUGUUAAUCAGGGCUGAAGAUGGUUUGUCUAGAGAUGUUGUCAAACAUUUGAAUUAUAUUGAAGAACAGAUAUUGGAGACGAUGGCUUGGCAAAGUGAUUCACCACUCUGGGCGGCUAUCAAUACCUUACAUCAAGUACCGUCAUGUGAGGACGUCACAAUCCCACAAAAUAUAGAACAUGUAGCCUCCCUAAGGUCUCCUAUCAUUCAUCCAAGAGUCGAGAGAAUAUCUGGAGAGGAGUCGUUAAAAAGAGGUGUUCCUAGUUCCCCUGCGGUCUCUGCGCACGACCGUUUCUCGUCUCCAGUUCACCCAGGUAGAGCAUGUCGCAAUCUCUUCUCAGGAGGUUCUGGGACGUCUGCAAUGACCGCUGUACCAGCUUCGCUGAACACUUCGUCCUCGUCAACAAAUCAAGCAUCGGCUGAAAAACAAGAGAUUCCGCGUGUGCCAGCCAGCCUUCCAAUUAACACGGCUGAUAAAUCAACCAAUGGUAAUCCAGCACGCUCCCCUCUCCCCAGUCCUGUAAAGCUGACGUCAGCCCCCGCAACUCCGGACAAAGAAGCGAUGUUAAGACCGAAGAAAACUGGGUCAAUUGCGCUGUUCUUUAGAAAAGUGUAUCACUUAGCCAGUGUUCGUCUUCGAGAUCUUUGUCUCAAAUUAAACAUCAAGGAUGAUUUACGUGGAAAGAUCUGGACGUGUUUUGAACAUUCUUUGAUGAGCUCAACAGAGUUGAUGAAGGAUCGACAUUUGGAUCAGAUUCUUAUGUGUUCCAUAUAUGUCAUGGGAAAGGUUGCAAACAGUGAAAUAAAAUUUCAAGAUAUUAUGAGACAUUAUCGCACUCAACCCCAGGCAGCAAGUCAUGUGUAUCGUAACGUUCUUCUUAAAGCGAAGAAAACAAAAUCUGGAAGUACGAGCAGCAAUGAGAGCGUCAAAGUCAAAAGUGAACCAAACAGCGCUCGUGCCAGUCCUACUCUUAACAUUGUCAGUAGUGCUCCAUCAAGCCGCAGUACCAGUCCACAAAUGCGCAGUGCCAGUGCUAUCCCAUCAACACCCCCUCCGUCUCAUAUGACCCCUGUUGGGAUGUCACAAUCCAGUCCCAAUGAGAACGACCGCGGGGAUUUGAUUGAGUUUUAUAACAAGGUUUACAUCAAACGAAUUCAGAAAUUUGCCCGCAAGUUCUCUUCUAAUGAUAAUACUCUUGAUGCUCCACCACUUUCACCGUUGCCAGUCGCGAGGCAUCAGCCUCAUUCUCCACGCAGGCGAGUUACCUCGGGUCAACCUGUGUACAUAUCGCCGCGUAAGAACGGCAUACCAUUGACAUGCAAUUCGCCUCGAAUAUCAUACAGUUUUAAAGAAAGUCCCUCGGAGAACUUACAAAAUAUUAACGCAUUGUUGAGCAGUUGCAAUGGUAACUCGCGAAAACGGUUGCUAUGCGACAACGACGAUGACGACGAUUAUGAAAAAUCAGCAAAACAAAGUGCAACUAAUGGUUUUAUGGCACGAAAAUUACAGGAUAUGUUGGCUGAACGAGAAACUCCCGCCAAGAGAUGAAGAUGAGCCCGGUAUGAUUUUGCAGGACCGAAAAUUAAUUUGAAGUUAAUAACUUUAACUUUUUAAUAGUGGGAAAAAUAAGAUGAAAUGACUCUGGUUCAAGAUAAAACAAAGAGAGAUAGUACAUAAAGUAACGAUAAAAUCGUUGUGUUUUAACAUAGCGUAAUGUUUUAGUUGAACGCACUGGUAGAAUUUUAUGUAAUUCCUGCAUGUAGUGAUUAAUUUA